UCCGAUCCUCUUAACCUGCUGGGCUGUAACUCUCGCGAUAUUUGCUUCCGCCACUCGGCGGGAGCCGCUGCCGGUCCCUGGCGGGCCUUUUUAGCUCCUCUUGUCCGCUUUGCUGCUGUGUUGCUUAGAGCGGCCGGGCCGAGUAUCAUGACGUCCGCCUUGGAGAACUACAUCAACCGAACUGUUGCAGUUAUUACUUCUGAUGGGAGAAUGAUUGUGGGAACACUGAAAGGUUUUGACCAGACCAUUAAUUUGAUUUUGGAUGAAAGCCAUGAACGAGUAUUCAGCUCUUCACAGGGAGUAGAACAGGUGGUGCUAGGGCUAUACAUCGUAAGAGGUGACAAUGUUGCAGUCAUUGGAGAAAUUGAUGAAGAGACAGAUUCUGCGCUUGAUUUGGGGAAUAUUCGAGCAGAACCUCUAAACUCUGUAGCACACUGAGGAAAAACUACAUACAUUGGACAUCUGUAAAUCUUUGUAUAGAAACUGAUUAUUCUGAGGAUGAUGUAUGGAAUUUUUAUGAAUGUGUAAUUGUGGACUUUUGACUCCAUAUAUUGACUCAUUGUAGUAUGAUAUGUAAAUUAAAAUAUUUCUACAUUUCCUUGAAAA